AUGCUCACUGACGCAUUCAGCCUCAAUCCGCCCGGCUCGCUUGCUCCACAAUCAGACACUGUGUGGGCCUUCAACCAGGCCAACGCUGCUGGACCCUCGCUCGCUCGCAUACCAUGGACCCGUAAAGACAUUUCGCAACACCUUUUGUCCUACAACCAUCAUCUUUCCACCCAAAAAAUGCCCGCCGACAAGCCACCCACAGUGCCCCCCGAGAUCGACAUCCCCAACGCGGGCUCGUCGGAGCAGUUCUGGAUCGAGACCGACUACUCGGACAAAACACGCUUCUGGGCCAAACGCUUCUACCCCACCGAUUCCACUGCCAAUACCGAAGUUCAACCCAAAGCCACCACCAUCUUCGUCCACGGCUUUGUCGAGUACGUAGAUCGCUACCGCAACAUCUUCAAGCUGUGGCCUAGCAAGGGACACGAGAUCCUCGGCUUCGAUCAGCGCGGAUGGGGCAACACCUGUCGAUCCUCCUCCGAUCCCGUCGGCAACUACGGAAAUACGACGUGGCCGCAGCAGUUUCAGGAUCUGGAGCAUGUCAUCCGAACCACGCGCAAACGGUUGGAUGAGAGGUGGGGGGUGGGCAAAGUGCCGAUCUUCCUCCUGGGGCAUAGUAUGGGCGGAGGGAUCGUGACGGCCUUCCACACGCGCGGGGACGAGUGGGUGAAGCAGCACGGUGGGAAUGGUCCGUCGCAGGAGGCCAAGGAGAUGGUGGCGGGUGUGGUGGCGAGUGCGCCGUGGUUGACGCUGACCAAGCCUCCGGCGUGGUUCAUCAUCUGGGGUGCGACCAAGCUGCUCGCUCUGAUGCCCGAGAUCCACUGGAACGUCGAUCUGUUGGGCAAGAACAUCUCGAGGGAUCCCGUCGUCGCCAAGAACUUCGAGAAUGAUCCGCUCUCCGACAAGAAGGUCUACCUCAAAGCCAUCCAAGGUCCACUCCAGGGCGGAAUGGAUAUCGUCGACAAGUCGUACGCCCACUGGCCCGAAUCCAAACCGCUGCUGGUCAUCCACGGUACCGCGGAUCUGAUCACUAGUCACAAGGGCUCCGAGAAGUUCGUGGAGCGCGUCAAGGCUUCCGACAAGACACUCAAGCUCUUCGACGGCUAUUAUCACGACUUGCUCAACGAGCCUGGUCAGGACAAGGUGGUUGUCGGUGAAUACGUCAUAAAGUAA